GUAACUUUACGUCGCCGAUAUGUCUGUUGCUCCUUGACCCGAAGAGACCCUGUCGUAAUUUUGCAAAGUUUAACUCUUGGGUACUAAGUUGCACAACACCACAUCGACAGCGUUGCUUUUAGAGAUGUAUGGACGUGUGUACGCCACCAUACUUCAAAGAGCCUCCAACCACACACUGCCACUUUAUGCAACAGCCACGUCCCAGCAUGCCACCGUUGUAGCCUUCCCCUUUCAGUCUGUACCAGUUCAGCAGGGUCACUUCUCGUCCUGGGGCACCUCAAGAUUGAACCAGGGGAGCUACACUGGCGAGGAAUCAGAAAACUGCCUUCAAAGUGGACGACACCUCUCAACCCGCCAGGAUCUGUGCUUCCAGCUAAACCAAGUCCAGAUCAAUAGUAUUCUGAGGUCCAAUGAGCAGACUGUCAGUGUUCCAGAGUUUGAUGGCAGGGCACUCAAUGCUGUGAGAAAGUUUGAAAGCAACCAGUUAGCUGCCAACACACCAAAUGAGGACCGCCGCAGUGCAGCCACCUGCCUACAGUCAAAAGGUAUGCUUUUUGGAGUGUUCGACGGCCACGGGGGAUCGGCGUGUGCUCAGGCCGUCAGUGAACGGCUGCUGUACUACAUAGCAGUCGCCAUGAUGUCGAAACACAACCUGGAAGAGCUUGAGAAAAGCAUGGAGCAGGACAGGCCAGUCCCUCCCAUCUUGCAGUGGUAUAAACAUCAUACCGAUUUUAAUUAUCGGGAAUCUGCCUCCCUCUACAUCGACCACCUCAGAGUCUUCUGGCAAGAAUUGCUGGACAGUGAGGAUCACAACGAAGGCAUGAGUCCUCAGGAUGCUCUGGAUCACGCUUUCAGACGGCUCGAUGCUGACAUCUCGUUGGAGGCUCAGGUCCCUCUUUCCAAUGACCUGAUGAGAAGUACGGCCAUCCAGGUUGCCUUUGCCGGGAGCACGGCCUGCGUCGCUCACGUGGGCACGGACGGGAUCCACGUGGCAAACGCCGGGGACUGCCGGGCGGUGCUCGGCGUGCAGAACGAAGACGGCUCUUGGAGCGCCGUUCCUCUCUCCCAGGACCACAACUCGCAGAACCAAGCCGAGGUGGAGCGGAUCAAAGCGCAGCAUCCCCCCUCGGAGAGCGACACGGUGCUCACAGACGAGAGGCUGCUCGGAGUCCUGAUGCCCCUGCGCGCCUUCGGAGACGUGAGGUUCAAGUGGAGCAGCGAGUUGCAGCAGAACAUUUUAAACAGCCUGGAAUCAGGAGUCGACCUCGACGCUCUCAACCUGUACCAGUACACGCCCCCUAACUACCGAACGCCUCCGUAUCUGGAUGUGACUCCGGACAUAACCUAUCACAAGCUGCGGCCGCAGGACCACUUCCUGAUCCUUGGCACCGAUGGGUUGUGGGAUGAGCUGAGCAGCGAGGAGGCGGUGCGGCUCAUCGGAGAGCACCUGAGUGGAAUACACUUACAGGCUCCGGUUUCGCCCUCGGAGAGACAGCUGAAGCUGGGCCAGCUGCACGAGCUUCUUCUGAAGCGCCGGGCCCGUGCCUCCCCCGCUUCGGACAGCAACGCCGCCACACACCUCAUCAGACACGCUUUGGGCACCGGGGACUAUGGCGAGCUGUGCCAGGAGAGGCUGGCCUCCAUGCUGGCCUUGCCAGAGGACCUGGCCCGGAUGUACAGGGACGAUAUCACAGCUACUGUCGUCUAUCUGAACUAUGACCUGGCAAAACGCCACCAUAGUUAAUAGAUGCUUU